GGCGCUGCAGUGAACUAGCACUUGUCGCAGAAAAACAGAAAAGGAAGAGAUUGUCAAUCAAUCAAUCAGCCACAUUCGCAAUACAGAACGUCUUUGUCAGACUGGAUAGAUCGCGAUGACCUCCUAAUUACACAGGUGUCCUCUAUGUUGCAGAACACUGCAACAAGACCAACGACGAUGGGGAAGCAGGACAACUCCUCUGAGAAGGACACAGAGAACUAUGUGGACAUCGCCGACUUCGUCAUGGAGGUGGAGAGGUUCUCCAAACUCAUCGAGCCUUUUGCCUUCGUCCUCUUUGCAGUGGAUGAUGUGAGAAGGUGGAAGUUGCCUGGUGUGACAGUGGCCUUAUGGUUGAUCUCAGUUUUCUGCUGCUUGAUUCUCACACAAGGAGCGAUGUUUGUGUUGGUUGCCUUCCUGGUGAUGCUCAUAGCCGCUGCGUGUCUUUUCCAAGUCCACACCCGCAUCCUAGACAAGAUACUCCCGGACACGCGAAGGGUGAACUUCUAUGCCAGCGACGAGGAGAAUAACACCCUGCAUACUGUCCGCGAGUUCCGAUACAGCCUGAUACAGAUGCAUGACUUUGUGGUGAAGUGUAACGAGUACCUCGCCUACUUCUACGCUCUCCUCAAGUGGGACUUCACCAUCCCAGCCAUCAUCUUCCAUGCUGAGCUGAGUGUGUUCAUCCUGUCACUCGUGGUCUUCCCGGCGCGGUGGAUCUGUCUGAUAUUCGUCAUGUGGUUCUUCUGUGGUCACAGAGACACCAUCAAUAUUCUCCACAGCCAGUGGACAUUUCUGCAGAACAUAGCAAAUGGCAAGCCCUGCUCUGGCACUGCAGCGAACCCCAGUGAUUCACAGAGCACUGCCGCCACUCCAUCUGAAUCCCAGUCAAAGGGAAGCAGUGACACAGCCUCAAGUGGGGAUGUAACAGAUUCCCCAGACAAAGAUGAGCUAUAUGAUGAAGAUCUAGAUGAGAACACAGUAGAGUUGGACGGAGACCACCUUACCAGACUGGAGCCGGCGCCAUCUAAACCUGGUAUGGUUGCCAGGCUCCUGGAACUCAAGCGGCGCCGGCAACAGCUUGCCAGUGAAAACUGUUUCACAUGCAAAGUGUCUUUCUCAUCAUUUUUAAAAAGAAGGUACUACUGCCGGCAUUGUGGGAACCACUUCUGUAACAAGUGCUGCAACCAGAAGGUCCCUAGAUCCGUGUUUGGAGCCACGUCUCCAGCAGCCCAGACUGAGACUGUGAUUGUUUGCAAUACUUGUCACGAGCUUCUCACAAAAAAGGACAAGGACAAGGUCAGUUGAUGACCUUGACCUCUGUAGCAAGGUCAGAUGACCUUGACUUCAAGGAUAAGGUCAGGGACCAUGACCUUUGACAAUCAGCUGAAGAAAUAAGAGACCAAGAAGCAUGGAGGAAGAAUUUCACUUUGGUCAGGGGUGUUCAUUUUCACUGAUCAUUGACAAACGUGAUGAUUUGAUAUAUGUAAGGCUUGUUUAUAAAAUCGAUCACAAGCAGUUUUCUUCGACUAAAAUGCAAUGAGAAGCGGGUUUGAAGUAUUCUAUUUGAAGUGAUUAAAUCAAGACAAAGAUAAUUUACUUUUUCCCCCUGUCAGUGUUACGUUGUCCUCGUCGUGUUGAGAAGUAUCCUCUGAACAAAAAACUAUUCUUCAUUCAUGAAAACAAACUUAAGGUGUGUACUAGUCAGCAGAUGUAAGCUAGUUGAAAUACGAUUUGUAUUAUCAUGAUUAUAUAAACUCUUCAAGUAGUAUCAUGAUGUUCAUAAUAACAAGCAAGUCAAUGUACAUUUUAAACAUUCUUGUUUACAUUUCUAAGCCUGCUUGUUUACUUGAAAACUUUAAUACCUAUGUAAUUUUAUUUUGUUAUUAUAUGCCAUGUUUUUAGUUUGAGCUAUUAACAUAUUUAUAAUGUUUGUUUUUAAGUUAUGUAACCCGGUCAAUGUUUAGUGCCAUCUAGUGUUUUUGUAGAUUGUUUUACUGCUACUAUGUUGGUCAACAUUUUAUCAUAUCAUUUAUAUUUCAAAUAGUUGAAGCUAACCAACAAUGUUUUUAUCAUAUAGAUUUUAAUCGUAACAAUUUUAGUGAGAACCAAUGAAAUUUUAAGGAUGACGUUUAGCGUAUUCUUAUGUUACACAAUCAUGUUGGACCAAUUUUGCAACAAUUUUUAGACCAUGUUAAGAGACCAAAGAUUGGUUUGUUUGUUGAUAGAUGAUAUGAGUCUCAUGCCUGUGAGACGUUGUUGGGUACUAUGUAGUGAUAGGAAACGAUGAUGUGAGGAGUGGAGGCUUAUGAGGCUAUAGCUUACAGCUUACAGCUUACAAUUCAUUACGUCUCCAUCAUCUAUGAAUAAAUACGGCAGCGAUGCAGUGUAGUCGUUAUAUAUAACCAACAACAUGGACUGGACCAAGUGAGAGGGAAGCCUGUGAGUUCUCAGACCAAUGAGCACUUAGCUUACAUCUGACAAUGGCAAUGUUUGUCACCUGAUGUGCUCAACAUUUGCCAUAUCCUUAGGCUGUUCUACUCGUUGCUUUAAUGUCAGGGGCAGUCGGGUAGCCUAGUGGUUAUAGCUUUCGCUCGUCACACCGAAAACCCAGGUUCGAUUCCCGACAUGGGUACAAUGUGUGAAGCCCAUUUCUGGUGUCCCCCGCCGUGAUAUUGCUGGAAUAUUGCAAAAAGCGGCGUAAACCCAUACUCACUCACUCACUUUAAUGUCAGGCAGUAGUAGGGUUUGCAUGAAUAUGCAUCCAAGAGUUAUUAACAGUCUUAUUUCAUUAGCUAAGUAAAAAUAAACACACUUCAGACUCACUGCUAUACUGCACAGCAGCCAUAUGUAUUCCGCUACGAAGAAUUGAUGGGUGAGCUUUGCCUACAUUGUUCCACAAUUCUCCGAAACAGAGAUGUUCUAUUUGAAUGUCAUGAUACACUGACUUCAUGUUUCGAUACAUUUAAAAAAAAAUUCUUUUAACAUCUAGGACUUUUUAACGUCACAUCGGUCUCUUUUCUCACAUUAGACUAACAUGCCGUGAUAUAACUGAACUACUUUUCAAAAUAGCAUAAAACUUAACUCAAACACUAGCCAUUGACUACAAUCUUAUUGGUUAGAACAGGUUUGUUUUUUGUUACAGUAUCUCAGGUAUGUGUGUGGAAGUUGCUCCACGAUAAGUGCAAAUUGAGUUUCCCCAAAUUUUCUGUCUAGCUGUUUGAGGUUUGAUAGUUGCCCUGUAGUGGUGCAAAUGAUGUGCGAGACAUGAUUUGCCCCACAUUCAUGGAGUUGUUUGGACCAACAUUCAUGGAGCUGUCCGCGACCCACAUUCAUGGAGCUGUCCGCGACCCACAUUCAUGGAGUUGUCCGCGACCCACAUUCAUGGAGCUGUCCGUGACCCACAUUCAUGGAGUUGUCCGUGACCAACAUUCAUGGAGUUGUCCGUGACCAACAUUCAUGGAGCUGUCCGUGACCCACAUUCAUGGAGCUGUCCGUGACCCACAUUCAUGGAGUUGUCCGUGACCCACAUUCAUGGAGUUGUCCGCGACCCACAUUCAUGGAGUUGUCCGCGACCUAUGUUCAUGGAGUUGUCCGCGACCUACGUUCAUGGAGUUGUCUGCGACCUACGUUCAUGGAGUUGUCCGCGACCUACGUUCAUGGAGUUGUCCAUGACAUACAUUCAUGGAGCUGUCUGUGAACUAUGUUCAUGGAGUUGUCCGCGACCUACGUUCAUGGAGUUGUCCGUGACCCAUGUUCAUGGAGUUGUCCGCGACCUACAUUCAUGGAGCUGUCGUGACCUUGGCCAUGUGGACAUGUACUUACCUUAGUACGGGUAGCAGUGCUGGGAUCAGAACCUGUCUGCCAUGGUAGAUGAUUGUGGCAAGAGGGGGGUUGACUUUGUUUUUCUUUGCAAUGUUUUCUACAUAAAUCUCUUCAGUUGCUGGUUUACAUGGGAUAUUUCAUCAGUAUAUUGAAGCAUUCAAAUGCAGUGUUGAAAUUAGGGCGGGUCUGGGGUUCCAUGAGGUUUUCUUCUAUAAUAUGUUCGUUUGGGGAACCUAAAUCUUUUACAUGCUACUCCAAACAACCAUUUUCCUAUUGACUUCAUUGCACAGUUACAACAAAUGAGGAUCUAGCGGUUAGUGGCAAGCACAUUAGUAGACAGCUCUGGGCAACCUGUUCAUCCCUUGUAUGUCUGUUUGGUCACCUGGUGUUCAUGACAAUGAUGAUGAUGAUGAUGCUAUUACCAGGCAGUAUUUGAGGCUCAGUGCAAUGGUAGCCAGCCUGUUCAAGCAUAUAUCUCGCAAAUGUUCUGUGUGUUUGAGAUGCAUUAGAUACAAUAAUUUGCUGAAUCCAAGCGACAAGUGUGUAUUUAAGUCAUUUUAAACAUGUUAAGCAACUACAAAAUUAAAAAACCCUGUUAAUCUUUUAUUAGUUUUAGAACAGCUUGAAAUCUUUUGAACUUGAUAAUCUUUAAAGAAAACAAUUUGUAAAUGAUCUAUUUACUCUCAGUAAUCACAUAGUUAUCUCAGUUUCAGUGAUCGGCUGCUGAGAGUUUUGAAUUUGGGAAAAAAAUCUUAUAAAGACCUCAAAAUUUGAGACUGAACCUGUAUGAACCCAAAUGUCAAAGUAAUGUUUUUCAAGCUGAUAUUUUAGGCUAGGAAACUAUUGUCAGGCACGAGAUCCUCGCAACCACAGUGAGGCCUGCCAAAGAAUACUUGGUUCCAGAAAUCCAGAAAUAUUCAUCAUGACUGUUGUUUAAAAAUAAGUUUCUGUUUCUACUCUCCUAUGUCUGUAAAGCCCCUUGAUGCCAAAAGGACAUAUAGUUCUUAAAAUAAUAAUUUUUUGCAAAAGAAAUAUUAUUAUGAAGUGUCUCCUUCAGCAUGUUCAGGUUCUUGGACCUACCAGUAUAUAUCAUUUGCUGUUAAAACGUUUAACCAUACCAUCGACGUUCCAACACCAGGAAUUUCAAACCAAGUUUAUUAAUCUAGAUGCACCUCUUGUACUCCAGGUAUAAAAAUCAGGAAAUUAGAAACCAAUCAUAUGUGAAUUCAUGCAAAAUAUAUCAACAGUCCACGUUGCCUGUUUAGUACUAUCCAUGUAGGGUUAGACGUAUGUGUGCAUAGAAUUUGUGUUCUACAUCAUCUAGCUGUUUAAGCUGCAGUUACCAACAGAUAUAAGUUAAUAUUACUGCCAAUACUAUUAUGGUGCUUUCACAGCCAUGAAACAAUUGCAUAGAGAAUAUUCAGAAAAAGCAUCCCUCUGUUUAUUUGAAUCACUUUGCUGUACUCUCCUCACCUAUAUGUCCGGAGGGUUUCAAACUAGUGUCUCUUAAUUGUCUUCAAAACUGAACCUGUGAAUGGAAGUGUAAUAAUAUGAACAACUUUUUUUUUUGUAGACUGAAGUUUUUUUAUUCAUUGGUGUUCAACAGAGAUUAAUAAUUACAAAGAAUCAUAUUUAUGUAACUCAAAAUGUUCAGAAUACAACAGUUUUUUAAAGGCCUGGAGGCCUGGCCCCCGUUUCACAAAGCGAUGUUAGUGCGAAGGUGAUUGUAACUCCCAUGCUUUAACAUAGACUUGUAGUUGUAGUGCUACAAGGGGGGCACAGGUGGCCCAGUCGUCUAAGGCGCCGCGA